CCCCCUUUGUGCGAAAGAGCUGCACCUGCAUGCGGACAUAGACCGUCACCGUCAUCUUGCUUCCGAACGCGGCGCAUAAGGCAGGUCCUGAGUGCAUAGGAAGAUGGCAUACAGUGGAGGGUACGAAAGAGGGCCGGGAGGACGCCAGUACGGCGGUCAAGCACCGCCACCUAGAGGACCGCCGCAGCGCGCAUACACCGCUGGACCUGGCAUGCCACAACAGCAGUACAAUGCGCCGCCGCCUCAGCAGCACUACGACCGAUAUCAGGAAGACUAUGGCUAUGGCGGCGGCUACGAUGACCAUGGGGGUGGUUAUGAUCAGGGAUAUGGAGGACAAGAUCAAGGUUACGGUGGACAAUAUGAUGACAGAAACUACCAGAGAGGCCCGCCAGCGCAGGAUUACCCUCAGCAAGACUACUUUAUUCCCGGGCCCAAUGGCCGCAAUGGACCCCCUCCUGAAGCUGCUGCUCCCGGUCCCGGCCCCGGCCGAGGUGGACCACCCAUGCAAGGUGGCAGAGCCGGGCCCGCUGGUCCGAUGCGUCCUCCUGCAGACAACGGCAGGGGUCUUCCAGCUCCCUAUCCGCCGCGUGGUGGCGGCUACCCUCCGGGCCCGGGACGGGGUUAUCCGCCCCAAGGCCCCGGUGGGAGGCCAGGCCCUCCGGAUCGAGCUGUGGCUUCAGAUCCCAGCGCGAACCACCGACCACCCAUGAAUGGCCCCGGUCCGGGUCCCGGUCCCGGCCCUCUGAGUCCUGAAAACCGUGGUUUUGGCGGUGGUAAUUUCCGGGGCCCUCCGGGAGCGCAGCGAAGGCCUGAUAUGGACAAUGUUACAGCGCAAAUGGAUGGGAUGAAUCUCUCGAUUCAGAGGCCACCAACAAGAGGACCUCCUGGGCCUAAUGGUACUGGACCGCAACGUGCACCAAUGCGCCCAGAUACCAGGGACGGGUAUGGAGGGCCGAUGCGUCCUAAUACUAGAGACGGCUAUGGAGGACCAGGACCUGGAGGGCCGCAAAGGGGACCGCCUCAGCCAUACCGCCCUCAACAGGACAUUCAAGAUCAGUGGCGAGGCCCUCCUCCUGGCUCGGACUUUGGUCAGCCUGGGGUUUUUCAGGAUGGUGGUUUUGGUCCACCUGGGCGGAGUAUGACCAUGCCUGCGAGAGAUGAUAUGGGCUUUCAGCCCCCGCCGCAGAAUUUCAUGCACCAGAGCGACAGUGUCCCUUACAAUGGUCCUGUUGGACGCGCGAUACAGAGACCAAACACGGCUCAAGGUGCACGGGCGCCACCGCAGAGGGUUUACCUGUCUGACCAUGGAGUUCCUCCACUACCACAAAACAACUACGACCAAGGGUACGGGAACCGACAAGACAUAGCCUAUGGAGGUCAACAGCAACAGCAGCAACCCGGUCCUGUCGAUGAUUACUACGAGGACUAUUAUGAGCCUACUGGCAACGGCGGGUACCCAGCUCAAUCAGACGGCCCAAACUUUGAUGCCAUUUCCCCUCACAGGCAUAAAGAUUCUUUUGACCAGCACAUGCAGCCUAAUCAGAUGCAGCACCAAGCUCAACGUGGGCCUGGCCGCCUACCGGAGAUGUCUCGGGCCAAGUCUCAACCUGACCUGCGAAAUUCGCAGACGGCUGUAUUUGAAAUGGCAGGUGAUAUGCCCCCGGUACCCAUGAUGCAACAACAAACCGGGGGCCCGCGUGGUUCGCUUGAAAGUCAGAACAGUCUUCACAGGCCGUCCCCUAAUGGUCAACCAGGGCCACUGCCACCAGGAGCUGGUAUAACUGCUCACCCAGCACCAUACAGACCCGGGCAAUCUGCGCCCCCUCAGGGACCGUAUAACUCGGACAAUUUGCCAUUGCAUCCUGCUCCAGUACGCCCAGGUCAGAUGCCCGGCUCUAUGGUCAAUUUGAAUGACAGGCCCCCUCCAGUCAGGAACUACCAGGCUGCUAUGAACAGUAUGCCUGCUCCUCCCCCUCUCAACAAUCAACCUGGUCCUCAGCCGAUGCAAAGCGGUCCUGGUUCGCCGCCCCCUCCCACGAAACCAGUCGAGCCCAAAGUUACUGUGGAAGAACUGGAGCACCUGCGGGCCAUUGUCAAAAACGAUUUCAAUGAUCAACAGUCUGCUCUUCGGCUUGCUAAGAAACUAGUCGAAGCGUCAGACGUCUUGGUUCCAAAUCUGCCUGACCCCAAGGCUCGCGCUCGUUCUCGGGAUCGCUACCUUGUUGACGCUCACAAGAUUCUUCGCAAGCUUGAGAAGGCCAGCAACCCAGACGCCAUGUUCUUCUUGGCCGACAGCAUCGGCCGUGGGCUGUUCAGCUCUGAGCCCGACCACGCACAUGCUUUCUCGCUCUACCAGUCCGCCGCGAAGCUCGGCCACGCGGCAGCAGCCUACCGCACCGCCGUCUGCUGCGAGAUCGGCAACGACGAGGGCGGCGGGACCCGUAAGGACCCCAUCAAGGCUAUCCAAUGGUAUAAGCGCGCCGCGACGCUGGGCGACACCCCCGCCAUGUACAAGGUUGGAAUGAUCUUGCUCAAGGGACUGCUGGGUCAGCCGAAGAACAGGCGGGAGGCCAUCAGCUGGCUCAAGCGGGCCGCCGAGCGCGCCGAUACCGAGAACCCGCACGCCCUCCACGAGCUCGCACUCCUGUACGCCAGCGCUGAGCCCGACGACGUUAUCCUCCGCGACGAGGCGUACGCCUUCAGCCUGUUCAAGCAGGCGGCCGAGCUGGGAUAUAAGUUUAGCCAAUUCCGUCUGGGCGCUGCAUAUGAGUACGGUCUGUUCGGCUGCCCGAUCGACCCGCGGUUAUCUAUCAUGUGGUAUAGCCGCGCGGCGACCCAGGAGGAGCAUCAGAGUGAGCUGGCGCUUUCAGGAUGGUACUUUACUGGUAGUGAGGGUGUGUUGCAGCAAAACGAUACCGAGGCGUAUCUGUGGGCGAGAAAGGCUGCCAUGGCUGGGCUGGCCAAGGCCGAGUUUGCCAUGGGUUACUUUACGGAGGAGGGUAUCGGUGUGCCAGCCAACCUUGAGGAUGCGAAGAGGUGGUACUGGCGGGCUGCUGCCCAAGACCACCCCAAAGCCCGCGAGCGUCUAGAGGAGCUCAAGCGAUCAGGAAAGAACGGGCCGAGAAACCGGGAGAAGAUUUCUCGCAACAGAAAUUCGAGGCAGCAGGAGGGUGAAUGCUUGGUAAUGUAAAAUCCGUAAUCAUAUAAGGUCGAAUGAAUCUAGGGGGUGGUACCUAGCCGGCCAAUUUCCCUUUGGGAGGCAACAUCGUAUUG